GCCCCUGAGCUCCCAGAUACUACAAAUUAGAGUCGACCUCCCACUAAGAUUCCAACUACCUUCCUCAUCGACCUCAUCCACCACCCAACCUAGAACAACUCACCUCUCACGUACGAUAAACCACCCUACCACCUACCCUCUACAAUGACUCCCCCUCCCCCCACCUCAAAAACCUACAUCCUCUACACCUACUACCAAUCCACCUGCGCCAACCGCGUGGUAAUCGCACUCCACCACAAAUCCCUCCCCUUCACGCACCACUACAUUGACCUACGCUCCGCCGAGCACGAAACCGCCGCCUUCGCCGCCCUUAACCCCAGCCGCAGCCUACCCGUACUGGUCAUCACCGACCCGACAACAGGCACCGAGACGAUCCUCACGCAAUCCGUCGCCAUCCUCGAAUACCUCGAAGAAGCGCACCCGGACUGACCUGCACUCCUGCCACCGCUCGACGCAGCACCGCUCGCCCGCGCCCGCGUCCGCGAGCUCGUCAACCUCAUCACCAACGACAUCCAGCCGC